AUGUCUUGGUGGUUUUUAGUGCUUUGUGUAUGUGUAUUAACCUCUGUGCUGGGGGACAAUAUAACCCACACAGAUGUAUCCGCAGAAGCAACAAUCGAUUACUAUUCGAUGCCAGCUCUGUCCGAGCUGGAUGACUUCGACCUUUGUCUAAGAAAACCGAACGCCGUCUACUGUAUAGUAGAUUUGGCGAUCUUGGAAGAUGACACACCUUUGUACCAGUUUAUUAAGAACUUCUCAUCCUUAACGUACAAGAAUUAUGAACAUACAAAGCUCCACCGAGGAGUUUGCGGCUCUAAGCACUGCGGUUUGAAUAUCAGUCAUGCUGACGCUGGUGACAGUACCGUUGAAAUACUCAAGGAUUGUCUUAAUGCUACUUUACAUAAAGGUUAUGGAUUACAGGUCAACACAACGUCAGUCCGUUACUGCAAAACAAAAGAUGAUUACAUCCCAACGGAUACUCUAGACUAUAUUAUUGGAGCAUUGCUUCUUCUACUCUUGCUGGUCAACUUGGGUUGUUCGGCUUAUUACUUUUUAUUCGCCAAGGAGAAUGGCAAAGAUAAUAAAUACAUGCUGGCUUUCUGCGUUCAGAAGAACUGGAAAGCUCUUAAGUAUGGAGGCCGCGCCGAUGGAGGCAUCUUCAAAUGUUUUCAAGCUUUAAGAUUCUAUACUAUGGUGAUGAUUCUCGGUCUUCACUCUAUGAUUUUCGUCGGAUAUGGAUAUACCGCCAACCCAGAAUUCAUUGAACAGUCCUACGAUGACUUCUUCAAAGCUCUUCUCUUCAAUUCUCGCAUCAUAGUGCAAAUUUUCUUCGUAAUGGGAGGGUUCCUCAUGGCUUACAAGAUGCUGGUGUAUGCUGAGUCACAUCCAUUUACACUGAAGACUGUUCCCAUGGCUAUUGUUAAUAGGUGGUUCAGACUGAUGCCAGCAGUUUUGGUAGUGAUGGGUCUAGCCAUGACGUGGGUACCUCACCUUGGCUCCGGACCUAUGUGGGACGCCGUAGUAAAAAGAGAACGGGACAUGUGUAGGAUGAAUUGGUGGCAGCUGGUGAUUCUGAUGCCGAAUCUUUUUCCCUUCGAGCAUUUAUGUUUACCUCAAGCUUGGUACCUUGGAACAGACACUCAACUUUUUAUGAUAACUCUUGUGGUCUUACUCAUCAUCUGGCGCUGGCCAAAGAGUGGGAUUCCUGUUCUAUCAGUAGUGAUGGUCAUCAGUCUUCUCAUACCGUUCCUGCAGAGUUACUUGAUGAAUCUUUUACCUAUCAGAGUCAGCUUAUUUCCAGAGUCAAUAAGAGAUAUUUUCGGAUACAACGAUACUUUCUACCAUGCUUACAUUUCGGCACAAGGCAACUGGGCUGGUUAUCACUUAGGAGUAUUGACUGCCUACUUCUACCACAGAGCUCAAACUCAGAAAUGGAAUUUAAGUGAUUCUAUUGUUAUGAAACUCCUCUUCUUAUCCUCAAUCCCCAUUGCUUUUGGUACCGUUCUUAUGGGUUGGGAUCUCCACCAUCGGGAGGCUUCUGCCUUCGAAUCUGCAAUCUUCAACGCUCUCAAUCAAAACUUCUUUGCUCUGGCUAUUUGUGUCUUCAUUAUUGGAUACUUCUACAGAUGCAAUCGUAUAUACGUAGGUUCAGUCGAGUGGGGACCACUACAGCCUUUAGGCAGAAUGUCGUACUGUGCGAUGUUACUUCACGCAACAGUACUAAGAACUUAUGGCGGUCAAUUGAGGAGGUCGUUCUACGCAACCGAUUAUACUGCUAUAAUGUUAUACGCGGGUAUUGUAAGCACAACAUAUCUCUUAGCUCUCCCUCUGCAUCUCUUCGUUGAAGCUCCAGCUUGUCAGCUCCAAAAACUUCUUCUUGGACCAAAUCGGAGACCGAAAGAGACAGAAGACGUUAACGCCAAUCACGUGAAACCUGGAAUAUCUAAUGUAUCUGUGUCGACGGUUUCAACACAUAUCUAG